AAUUCAACUAAUAAUAAAAAAUCCAUUUAUUUUCAAUGUCAUCCCUAAGAAAAUCAUUUAUGUGGUAAUAAUUUUCACUAAUAAGAUUACCUUUUAGGUUUUUUUUUAAAUUAAAAUCAUCUAAGUCUCUUAAUUUCUUCGGUAGUUUAUUAAAUAUCCUAACGCUCAUACCUAGUAUACUAUUAUUCUUUAAUGUAGUUUUGGUUUUUGGAAAACAUAGCUUAUCGUCGCGUCGAUUUCUGUUUGCCACAUUAGACAUCUUAGUGAAUCUAUUGGGACAAGUUUUAACAAAAGAUGCAACUUCGUAUAUAUAUAGACAAGGAAGGGUAAAAAGUUUAUGCUUUGCAAAAUAUGGCUUGCAGCUGUCGGCUAUUGCCAAUCCAAACAUAGACCUUAAACACCUUUUUUGUGCCUUAAAAACUUGAUCUUUUUGCGUUGAGUUUCCCCAGAAAAUUAUUCCAUAUCUUAGACAGGAUUCAACUACACCACAUUCCGAUAGAGGCACCCGUCACGUGCGGACGUGCUCAUCGUCCACUCGAUCGCCCGGUCUUUGUUCGCCCGGCUUUUGUUAGCCCGGCCAUUGUUCGCGCGGCCUGUGUUUGUGGUACAUCUGCCGACUAAGUGCUCUUUCUGGAAGUUUUUAUUUGUUUUGUUUCCUUUUGUUGUUUCUGUGUUCGUGGUACAUCUGCCGACAAAGUGGUUUCCUGCAAGUAUUUAUUUGUUUUGUUUCUUUUCGUAAUUUCUGUUUUGUUGUGCUUUUUCUUUGUCCUGUAGUAAUCGCGCCGCAUUGCCACCUGUGUUCAAUAGAACCGCUCAGGUCCGAGAAGUUGGGGCCUCGCCGCAAGGCGAGUGUUUUCAAGACCCGGGGCCGCCCCACCUGGGUACUCAGCGAUCAUGGACGCUGUAUUCGCGGAAUUCCUCCGACUUCGCCACCCACAGCUCGCCUCGGAGUUUUUGGCCUUCAAGGCCAAUCACACUGCGAGCCCUCUCGAGGACUCCGCCGCGCUCGCUGCUCCUGCGUCGCCUGUACCUGCGUGCAGAGCUUCUGCAUUGAGCACCGCAGCCUCUGUCGUGCCUGCCGCUCCCGUGUCGCCUAUACUGGCGAGAAAAGCUGCUGCGUCGUCCGCCGUGACCAUCGUUUCAGCUGAGCGAUCAUCCGCGGCCUCCGUCGCGCCCUCUAAAACACCUACACUUGCUCGUAGGUCGCCUGCACCCGCCUCCUCGUGCUCCGACUCUGACUCGGACAUGGAGGUCGACCUCGCCCCCGCCUCAUCGACGGAUGGAUUCACCCUGUGUUUCGCGAUCGCAAGUGUAAUCGUGAACAUGAUGUCGUAUGGCAUGUGUAUCGGGUUUAACGCAUCACUCUUCUCAGAACUGAAGAAGACCGGAGAGAUACCCCUGGACAGGGAUUCAGAAUCUUGGUUGGCAUCACUCAUUGGAAUAACAACGCUUAUUGGAGCGCUACUCACAUCAUUUAUCAUAGACAGCAUCGGCCGAAGACCAGCAGUUAUUACCAGCUCGGUCCUCAUGGUCAGCGGGUGGAUCUCAUUUAGCUUAGCUUCAUCACUUUCUAUUUUAUUGGUAGCGAAAAUUUUUCAAGGAAUGUCCAUUGGUCUUGGCACAACAAUGGGAGGAGUUUUGAUUGCAGAAUACAGCAGUCCGAAAUACAGAGGGUCUUUCACGGCCACAAUCCAAACUGCUAUGCUAUCAGGGAGUCUAAUUGCUCAUUCGUUUGGAUUGUUUUACAACUGGCAUCAAAUUUCAACAAUACUAGUGUUUUUCGCUCUACUUGGAUUGUUGAUAGCUGUUUUUUCACCUGAAUCCCCAAGUUUCUUGGCAACUAAAGGACGUUAUGAUGAUUGCAGAAAAGUUUUUCGCUGGUUAAGAGGUCCAAAUGAAGAAGAUGAACUCGAAAAUAUGAUUAACACUGAUAUGGUAGUUAAAGAAACUAAAAAGGGUCGUCGAAAAAAGACUACGUCUAAAAUAAUACAAAAAAAAUUGACGUACGUUAUCACUUCAUUCAAAAAGCGAGAAUUUCACAUUCCAGUAUUUAUAGUUAUUCACCUAAAUGCUGUAAAUCAAUUCUGUGGUUCUCUCAUCCACGAUAUAUAUGCAUUUGACAUCCACAAAGCUUUAUAUGGUACCGAUAUCUACAUGUUUAAAGUGAUUGCAUCUCUGGACAUCCAAAGAAUUUUAUCAACAGUUCUAACGGUUUACUUAACGAGUAGAGUACGGAGGCGUCCAUUAUUAUUCACAUUAGUUGGAUUGAAUAUAUUGGCGUAUAUCUGUGAGGCGGGAUACAUAUACGCCAGACGUCAUAGUAUACUUCCCUUUGACCACAUGGCUAUAGGAGUAUUUCUACAUCAUUUCCAUUAUUUCACCAACGGAGCUGGCUCCAUGUCCUUGCCAACUAUAAUUAGUUGCGAAUUAUUUCCAACAGCAGACAAAGGAUUCUGUGGACUGAUUUGUAGUAUGGUAUUCUCAAUGUUCAUGUUUGCGAAUAUCAAAAGUGCACCGUAUUUAUUCGCCCUCGUGGGUGUAGAAGGAACAUUUUGUGCUUACGCUCUCUUACUACUUUACUGUCAGGUAAUGUUGUUUUAUAUAUUGCCAGAAACUAAAGAUAAGACCCUCCAAGAAAUCGAAGAUAAAAUUAGAGGAUUUUCUUUUGCUGAUCGUGUUGAAACUUUGAAAACAGAGGAAGAUGAGCUUUUGAGUUGAUGAUAAAAUGAUAAGGAAUCAAGAUAGACCAACAUAUAUCACUACAGGAACGAUAUGUUUCGGUUAUAUUCAAAGAAGAUGAUUAAAGUUAUUAGCUGUUUGAGACAAUAAUCCUGGAAAAUAGUGGCAACCAUCUACUCAUAAGGCAGUUGUUCUUAGAUUUUUUUUGUAUUUACAACCAACUAUUCCACGUCAAGUUACGGCCCGUCAUAGUUUAUUACAGUUUAUUAGACUGAUAUAUUAAGGAUCAUAGAGUGAAACAAGAAAUUCUUUACUCUACUAAAAUUUUCUAAUUUUAACGCGGUCGAAAGAACGUGGUAUAUCAUCUAGGACUCAUGAGUAAUAAUAACAAUAAUGUUACGUCGCUAAGCGUAACGCCAUCUAUCGUCGAAUAGCAGAAACGAACAUCAAAAGAACUGGCAAAAUCGAGAACGUUCGAGAAGUACAGCACCAUCUAUUAUUAAAUAGCGGAAACCUCGAUCGGGCUCAAACCCUAGCAAGAGCAGUGCUUCGCAGAAUCUACCACCGGAUCGGAAACACCAGCCACUGAUACGGCGAGAAACUCAGUGGGCUGUGCCUGUGGGUUAAUACGCUCGUCGACUCCUUCGUCGCAAGCGACGGAUUCGACAAGGACGGUGACCGGUGCUUGUGGUACCUAAAAACACCGUUAAUGGAUCGGGAGGAUCCGUAAUGAAGCGUUUUGGGCGAAGUCGACUAUUUACCAUUCGGUCUACAGGAUCGGGUAUGUAAUUCCCAGCGACCACGACAAGAGGGUUCUCAUGUCGUGCCGCCUUCUGAAAGUGGCGAAACUACUCGACCGGUCAGGAAUGUUAUCGAUAACUCUAGGUAUGUCGUAUCGAUUAUAAAAGCGUUGCAGAGACGACACGAAGGCAGUUAGUAAUCGGAACUACUCGAAGCGAAACAGCAAACGGAUCACCUGAAGCGAAGCGGAAGAAGCGAAUUAGGAAUUUUAAAGUGCUCUGUAAGUAUUGUAAGUUAAAUAGAGUUUUGAUUUGUACUUCGGUGGAUAUUUUAUUUAUCCCGAACCCCAACGCGUAACAAUACGUUCUAUAUCGUACACAACUUCUGUAAUUUACUGUCCGUCAAUAGUAGAAAACUUUUUUCAUAUUACAAUAUUUAAGAUAAGACCAUCUUCCGAAACAGCGUUGAUAAAAUAAUUAUUAAUAAAGCAAAAAAUAGGGAUUGUUUUAUUUGUAAAAAUGUACACUUUUUGUUUUAUUUCUUGGAUGGGUGGACGAGCUCACGGCCCACCUGAUGUUAAGUAGCUCCCAGAGCCCAUAGAUAUCUACAACGUAAUUGCCGCCACCCACCUUCUGAGGUCUAAGGUCUCCGUUUUUUACAGUACAACGGCUGCCCCACCCUAAAAACCGAAUCGCAUUACUAAUUCUCUGCAGAAAUAGACACCUAGAAAUAGACUCAUAAGAUGUCCUACCACCACUUAUUAUGUAAAUUUUUUUAUUGCUUAGUUUGGUGGACGAGAUCACAGCCCACCUAGUGUUAAGUGGUUACUGAAGCCCAUAGACAUCCACAACGUAAAUGCGCCACCCACCUUGUGAUAUAAGUUCUAAGGUCUCAAGUAUAGUUACAACGGCUGCCCCACCCUUCAAACCGAAACGCAUUACUGCUUCACGGCAGAAAUAAACAGGGCGGUGGUACCUACCCGCGCGGACUCACAGGAGGUCCUACCACCAGUAAUUACGCAAAUUAUAAUUUUGCGGGUUCGAUUUUUAUUACACGAUGUUAUUCCUUCACCGUGGAAGUCAAUCGUGAACAUUUGUUAAGUAAAUAUUUCAUUACAAAAAUUGGUACCCGCCUGCGAGCUUCGAACACCGGUGCAUCGCUCAACACGAAUGCACCGGACGUCUUAUCCAUUAGGUCACGACGACUUCAAUACAUAUCAGACCAUACACAUCAGAUGGGUUUGAUAUGUAAUUAGCGGCGGCCACGAUAAGAGGAUUAUCGCGUCGCGCCACUUUUUCAAAGUAGUGUCCUUUAGAUACUUACGCAUCGGUUCUAAAUUUAAAUCGUCGUGAAGACUGACAUUCCUCACGUACUAUGGUGCUCCGACGGCUAUCCUGCAAAACGGGAUUGGAUGACCUGUAGAAAUCUUAUGUGCAUGCGGACCGCGUGAUCAAAUACUACACUUGCAUAGGUCAUGACGGAACGUUUGCAAGUUUUGUCGAGUGUCCCUUGCUACGAAGAACAAUUUAGUUCGCCUGCGAAUUAUCGCAUAAAAGGAUGAUAUUAAGUCUGCCGCUAUGCAAAAAAUAAAGCUCAAUACACGGUUUGAUGAGCACGCUGUAUACAACAAAUGCAAAAUUACUUUACGUAAUAAUAUGAAAUGAACAUUAAGCGGAUGCAUACAAGAUUUACACAACUGUCUCAGAAUAAUAAAAUAACUCGUAUUACGCACAUCAUGUAAAGUAAAUUCAUUUAGAGCAGACAUCGAUCGACCAGGUUAUUAACUAGGUGUCAAAUCAGUAAUAGUCAUCGUGCGAAAAUGUGCCGUAUAAGACGAUGGAAAACGCCGUUUUUAAAACAGGUACCUAACGCUUUUUUUUAAUGUCCUUGUAUUAAGACGAGUAUACGGCCCAUCUUUGUGCUCAGAGGAAUUGUUUGAGAUGAUAUCAUCAUAUCGUUUUUACCAUCGCACCGCCUCGCCACCGGAAUAGAGAUCAUCCAUACUACCUGGAGCCAUUGCGUUCAUCCACAAUGCGUUUCCAAAGAUAUUUUCGCCACUUUCGGCUUUGGAUUUUUUUUAAUUUUUUUUAUUGCUUUGAUGGAUGGACCUGAUGUGAAGUGGUUACUGGAGCCCAUAGACAUCUACAACGUAAAUGCGCCACCCACCUCGAGAUAUAAGUUCUAAGGUCUCAGUAUAGUUACAACGGCUACCCCACCCUUCGAACCGAAACGCAUUACUGCUUCACGGCGGAAAUAGGCGGGGUGGUGGUACCUACCCGUGUGGACUCCCAAGAGGUCCUACCACCAAUAAUUACGCAAAUUAUAAUUUUGCGGGUUUCAUUUUUAUUACACGAUGUUGUUCCUUCACCGUGGAAGUCAAUCGUUAACAUUUAUUGAGUACGUAUUUCAUUAGAAAAAUUGGCACCCGCCUGCGGGAUUCGAACACCGGUGCAUCGCUCAACACGAAUGCACCGGACGUCUUAUCCAUUAGGUCACGACGACUUCAAUACAUAUCAGACCAUACACAUCAGAUGGGUUUGAUAUGUAAUUAGCGGCGGCCACGAUAAGAGGAUUAUCGCGUCGCGCCACUUUUUCAAAGUAGUGUCCUUUAGAUACUUACGAAUCGGUUCUAAAUUUAAAUCGUCGUGAACA